AUGGACGACGUCGAGAAACAAGACAGCACCAGCAUCAAGGCUGAGAUCGCUGAGGCGCAACCACCUGACGAUAUCGCUGCCCCCAAUGCCAAAUUUCAGCUCUAUAACGAUAACCCAGAUCCUCUCAAGCGUCGAUUAAAACAGCGACAUGUGCAGAUGAUCGCAAUUGCCGGUACUAUUGGCACUGGGCUGUUUCUCGGAUCCGGUGAAGCUCUCCGUGUUGCAGGACCUCUUGGUGCGCUCAUUGCGUACGUAUUGGUUGGAACAGUGGCAUAUUCUUCCUUGUGCUCAGUGGGAGAGAUGUCCACCUUUGCACCCAUAUCUGGAACUUUUCCACACUUUGGUGAGCUUCCUACAUCCUUGAUGACGUUUUUAGUGAAACGCUACGGAACAGCGGCCCGUUGGGUCGACCCGGCGUUUGGUUUUGCGGUCGGAUGGAACUACUUUUAUGGGCAAGCUAUCUCUGUUCCAGUAGAGGUCGCAGCAGCCGUUAUCCUGCUUACCUUUUGGGACAACAAUGCCAGUCACGCCGCCAUUUAUACGGCAGUCAUAUGUGUGUUCGUGUGCGCUAUCAAUAUUUUUGGUGUGAGAUACUUUGGAGAAUCCGAAUUCUUCUUUGCCCUCAUCAAGCUUUCCACCAUCAUUGGCCUACUGCUGGCUGGUUUGGUGAUAGAUCUCGGUGGAGGACCCAACCAUGACCGAAUUGGCUUUCGAGCAAACCGCUUCCUAGCAAUUAUGUCUGUAAUCAUCCAGGCUGCCUUCUCGUUCAUAGGCAUGGAGCUAGUGGCCAUCGCCGCUUCCGAGACAGAAAGUCCUCGUCGAAAUAUAGGCAAGGCAGUUAAUCGGGUCGUUUAUCGAAUCGUCAUUUUCUAUAUACUAGGCAUACUUAUGAUUGGCAUGCUUGUUUCCUAUGACGACGACGCCUUGUUGAACACAUCCGGAAACGCCGCCCAGUCACCAUUCGUUAUUGCUUUUAACCGUGCUGGUGUCAAAGCUCUUCCUCAUAUUAUCAACGCGGCCGUGUUCACGAGUGCUUUUUCCGCUGGAAAUAGUUACUUGUUCUGUGGCUCGCGAAUUCUUUAUGGUCUUGCUUUACGUGGACAAGGACCUCGUUUCCUGACGUAUUGUACAAAAAAUGGUCUCCCACUUACUGCUGUUCUUGUGACGUGCUGCUUCUCGUUGUUAUCUUUCAUGACUGUUAGUAGUGGUGCGGAACAGGUCUUCUACUGGUUGCAGAACCUUACAGCCACGGGAGGUUUCAUCGGCUGGUUCUGUAUUAACCUGACUUACAUAUUCUUCCGUCGAGGCAUGGUGUCCCAAGGUUUCGAUCUCAAGGAAAACAUUUAUAAUCACUCUUGGCAACCCUACCUUGCAUGGUGGGGUAUCUUUUGGACGAUCUUCUUCACCCUCGUCAACGGAUACGCGGUGUUUUUCAACUUUAACGUAUCUGAUUUCUUGGUUGCAUAUAUCAAUCUGCCGAUUUUUGCCACAUUAUACUUUGGCUAUAAAUUCAUAAUGCGUACGACCGUCUGGAAACCGAAAGAUAUGGAUAUGGUAACUGGCAUUCCGAGCAUCGAGGAAACAGAGACAGUGGAAGUACCACAAUGCACUUUGCUAGAAAAGAUUGCCGCGAUUAUUUUCUAA